ACUCAACAAUUAUACUACAAAUAUAUGCAAAUGCCUUUUUAAAACGUUGGUUGCUAACGGUACAUCUAUUACAUUACACAAAAACAGUUGAAAGUCAACUAGUAAAUAAGUAUGGCUUAAAUUCAAUCAUAAUAGAUUUACAUACGUCAAAAUUUUAGUUAAAAAAUUCUCAUUACAAAAACAUGAAUUAUAUAUAAAAUUCUACACUUUUGAUAACAUGUAUAAUGAUUUCGGAUGUGUUUUACUUAAAAAUUUGAUUAAAUAAAUUUCUUUUUUGGUUUAUUAAAAAUUUGGAUAUUUGGUUAAACGUAAAAGAUAAUUAUAAAUUUAAAAACAUGGUUGAUCGAGGAGAAGUUGUAACUAUCUUCGUUGGACAAGCUGGUUGUCAAGUAGGCAAUGCUUUCUGGGAGCUUGUGUGCCUUGAACAUGGUAUAAAACCAGACGGUUGUAUAGUUCGUGGAUUUGAAAGUGAUGAUACCUCUUAUCAUACAUUUUUUUCUCCAUCCCAGACUGGAAAAUUUAGUCCAAGAACAGUUAUGAUUGAUUUAGAACCAACUGUUAUUGAUGAAAUACGUACCGGAUCAUAUCAGUAUCUAUUUGAUCCAUCAUCAUUGUUAACUGGCAAAGAAGAUGCUGCCAAUAAUUUUGCAAGAGGAUAUUACAGUAUUGGAAAUGAAAUGAUUCAUCUUGCACUUGAUAAAAUCCGUAGAGUUUGUGAAAAUUGUUCAAAACUAGAUGGAUUCAUUGUUUUCAGAAGUUUUGGAGGUGGUACCGGAAGUGGUUUUACAACAUUAAUACUUGAAGGUUUAACUGCAGACUUUGGCAAAGUAUCAAAACUUGAUUUUUCAAUUUAUCCAUCACCUCAUAUAUCAACAUCAGUUGUUGAACCUUAUAAUGCCGUUAUGACAACUCAUGGAACUCUAGAUUUUGAAGAUUGUUGCUUUGUAGUUGACAAUGAGGCACUGUAUGACAUCUGCGCAAGAAAUUUAAAUGUCAAUAGACCAACUUACACUAAUCUCAAUAGAUUAUUGGCACAGGUUGUUUCAGCAAUAACAGCAUCAUUGAGAUUUGAAGGAUCUAUUAAUGUUGGACUGGAAGAGUUUCAAACAAAUCUUGUUCCUUAUCCAAGAAUACAUUUUCCUCUUGUAUCAUAUUCACCAAUAAAUACUGCCAGACAAGCUAUAAGCACAAACAUAAAUGUUUCACAUAUUACCAAUGAAUGCUUUCAACCAUCUAAUCAGAUGAUUAAAUGUGAUCCAAGACAUGGUGCUUAUAUGAGUUGUUGUUUACUAUAUCGUGGCAAUAUCAAUCCAAAUGACGUCAAUCAAACAAUAAAUUCAUUGAAAGGAAAAAAAUCAAUUCAAUUUGUUGAUUGGAGUCCAACUGGAUUUAAGAUUGGAAUUAAUUAUCAACCUCCAACAACAGUGCCUGGUGGUGAUUUAGGAAAAACUGAUAAAUCAGCAGUUAUGAUGACAAACAACACAUCAAUAAGACAUGCCUGGUCAAGACUUGUUAGCAAAUAUAAUAUUAUGUUUAAAAAACGUGCAUUUGUACAUCAUUAUAUUGGUGAAGGAAUGGAUGAAAGUUUUUUUGUCGAUGCAAAAAAUGAUAUAUAUGCACUUAUUGAAGAUUACAAAGAAAUCGAAACAUGAAUGAUAACUAAAUUCAUUAAAAUUAUCAUUAAAAUAUUCUAGAAUAUUUUCUACAUGCAAUUCAUUCAAAAGAUUAAUAGAGAAAAUACUUGAUCAAAGUGUCUACAUUAUUUUUAUUUUUAAAAUAAUUUUUUUUUAUCAUGUAAAUAAUAAAUGAAAGAUAAGAGACAAUGAUAUGGAAUAUUAAAUGCUCGAGUAGACUUACUGGCACCUGACAAGAGAAUGAAAAUUUUUAUAUUAUUCUCUUUUUUUUUUUUUUUUUAUAUAAAUAUUUAUAUUAAUGUUUGAUUAAAAAUUUCAUGUUUUAUUCCAGGUGAGCUUGUUGAAAUGACACAAAUAAAAUUAUGAUUAAUGACAACGGGUCUUGGUAAAUCUUGAUCAUAUGUCUGCCUCGUGGGCCUACUUGUGAUUAUGAUUCUUGGGACUUUAUGUAUCUCUUAUUUCAUUAAAAUAAAAAAAAAAAUAAUACAUAACACGCAUUGGUCAUAUGAUUCACGUGAUUCUUUGUUGUUUAUAAUCA